UGCGCACCCUCGGGGGAAGCGAAACGGGCCGGCCGGGUCCUUCGCGGGCAUUGGCGGGACGGGCUGAGCCCCCGCCCGGCCCGCCCCGCAGAGGCGCCCGCCCUUCCCCUCGCGACCAGAGUGCGUGCUGGCGCGGCGCAGGCAGGCGCAUCUUCCCGGAGGGGACCCGAGGACUCUGCUCACGAGGUGAAAAAAGAGACUGAGAAGGUGACAAACAGAAGCGAAAGGAUGAAUAUCCUAGUUGGAGCAGCUGCUGGCUUGGGGCUGGCCACUGUUGGUAUCCCGGUAAUCACUGGAGCCCUGGGCUUCACCUCAGCUGGCAUUGCUGCUGGAUCGGUGGCUACCAGCAUGAUGUCAGCUACCGCAAUUGCCAACGGCGGAGCCGUGGCAUCUGGCAGUGUCGUUUCCAUUCUGCAGUCCAUCGGUGCUGUGGGGCUGUCGGCUGCAGCCAAAACUGCAAUGGCAGCCGGAGGAGCACUGGUGGGCGCCAUGGUAUCUCAACCGAAAGACUGAAGCUACUCUUACUUCACUUUCACAAGGUGAACGGGAUACUGGUGUGAACUGGCAUGGAAGUACAGGAACAAAGACGCUCUCCUCUGAUACCUUAUACCCUCUAGCUUGCCACAAAAUAACCUGCUUAAACUA